UCAUACAGAGGCAGCGCUGCCCUGGACACGCCGCUGCUGCCAGCGGAGAAGCAGGCGGAUGCACCGAUGGCUCGUCUUUCUGUUGACUUUCACAUGAUGUUGUUGCGUGUCGCGGUUUGUCUCCCAACACCUGGCCCGUCGCCAUCCUCCCCCCUCGGCCGCUGCGUGUUCGCCCGGGACUGACUGCAGGUUGAUGUCCGGAGUGUAGAGAGCAGCCCGGCGGCUUGGUGCAGGCGGUGAAGGCGCUCUGGAAACCUCCAUCUCUGCCCGACCCAGAGUCGAAGGAGCUGUCCGCUGGUCCCGCUGCACUGCUAUUCUCUCUUUUAAAAACGAUUUGCCGUCCUUCUUGAAGCCGACUUGAUUCCGCGAUGGGUUCCCGCAGCCAAGGCUUCUUCCAUCACCACCACCACCACCACCACCGUAGCUCCAUGGUGCCCACCGCGGUGCCGAGGCUGCUGCCUGAGAGCAGCAGCCUGCUGGGGGGCAUCGCACAAAUCACCCCCAACCUCUUCCUCAGCAGAGGGAACGUGGCAUCCAACCGCAGCCUGCUGCUGUCCAAAGGCAUCACCUGCGUGGUCAACGCCACCAUUGAGCUCCCAAACUUCAACUGGCCUCACAUGGAGUACGUGAAAGUCCCUCUGGCGGACAUGCCUCACUCCCCCAUCUCCUUGUACUUCGACAGCGUGGCCGAUAAGAUCCACAGCGUGGGACGGAAGCGAGGGGCGGUGCUGGUGCACUGUGCAGCCGGCGUGAGCCGCUCAGCCUCUCUGUGUCUGGCGUACCUCAUGAAGUAUCACCGCGUGUCUCUGGCCGAGGCUCACGCCUGGGUCAAAGCCCGCCGCCCUGUCAUCAGGCCCAAUGGCGGCUUCUGGCGCCAGCUCAUCGAGUACGAGAGGAAGCUGUUCGGUAGAAACUCUGUUAAGAUGGUGCAGACGCCCUAUGGGGUCAUACCUGAUGUUUAUGACAGGGACCGCAGGAGCCUGGCUCCGUACUGGGGCCUGUGAUGGAGAGGCAGUGCCAACCGUCCACGUGAGGGAUCGAGGAGGAAGAUGAGCCCUCUUGCCCUCCUGGACUGCAGGUUCAGGAGAGGCGAAGUGAGACGCGUGUGAUUGUACGUCUGUGUGAAGCUUAUUUAACAAUUACUGGUGGACAGAAGGAGUGGAACCAAUCACUGGUCGUCGAUGCUGCUGCUACUCGUCCAACCAGUUGAUUUAGUCUCUGAGUUGGGAGCAAGGCGACUUCAAGCCCAGAACCUUUAGGACCAAAGGAUCAGUUUGGACCACAAUGAUGUCAGACACCAAAACAAGAUGAAGCGCUCAGAGUGCGGAGGCCGAUGCUGUCUGUCUCCUGGUGUGUGUUUGCAGCUCCAGUGGUGGACGAGCGCUCUGACAGCGAUGUGACUGAAGUCCUUUUCCUGACGUGGUGUCGUGUGGUGGUAUUGUGCCAGUUUUGCAAUAGUCUUUAGUGUGAAGGGCAGCAGCCUGCUCUCAGUUUAUGGUAGCAUUUAAGAUAAGUGUACAGAACAAAAAAAAAAAAACAAUAGGCAAAUUAUUGUAUUGGAAUGUACUGACAGUGAGCAAAAAAUAGCUAUGGCACACUUUAAAGAUGAUAGUAUAUCUGCCUUGUUCAAGGUGAAAAUCUGUAAGAUGUAAGCUAAAAGUCAAGGUUUAGGGAAAGUUCCUGUGUAACACAGGGUCGACUGUUCCAUCCUGUGACCACACUAUGUUAUUUUAGUGCUAUUGGAUGCUGUAUUAAACAAAACAAAAAAGAAAAAAAGAUCUGCCACCCAAAGAGAAGUGGUAGCUCUGUGAUAGAUACUUGGAAGAGUAUUUUCUAUCCAGCUGUUUUUGCCUUGUGUCCAUAUUCAGGUACGGUUGCAAAGAGAUCAGAAACACAUUUACUAACCGGCCUACUUCUGUCGGCUAAAGAGAGACGUCACGCAGGCUCAAAGUCCUACUCCUGCCAUCUCCUGCUGGUUUGUGAUAUUAACUUUGCUGCACGUGCUGUCCACACUACACAGGUAGCUCGGCACUAAAUAGUUGUAGAGUGAUACAAGAGAAAUGAUACUUCAGCAAAUCACAAGACAAUCUAUCAUCAAGAAUUCUCCAAUAUUAUCAUGCAAAAGAAAACGAUGCAGUUGAUUAAAGGUGCUCAAAGGUUCCCCGUGGAGUUUUCUUGUAAACAAACAUAUUUACAUGUCUUUGUUUGCGCGUAAAUGCACAGUAUGUUAUUCACAGGUGUCUCUCGCGACGUAAGUAGCGCGGGACAAUGAGAGUUGUCAGUCUUAAACAACAACAAUGGCCGAUAAAAAUGUAUCAAUGUGACUUGUUCACGGGCAAAGUAAGGUUUUAAAGUUUUAUUCAGGUCAAAUUUAGUCACGUUCUGUGACUUCUUUCCUCACUGACGUCUCAUCUGAUGUUUUCCUGGAAGUUAUGGCGACCACGUGAAACCCAACGUAUACUUAUGUAUGUAAGUACCUUUAGACUUUCUGUUGUUUAGAAAAUUAUUCGAAACAUUUUGGUCAGUGCCAGUUAACAACUUGACAAAAUAUACAAAGACGGACAAAUCAUUUUUAGGCAUUUUAAUGUUAAAUAUUGUAUCCUUAUGUGCAAGCACUGCCCUUCUUAAAAAAUGCCCUUAAAAUAAGGGCUAGACUGUUUAUCAUCCCUGACCGAUUAUUGCAGCAGAUAUUUGGCACUUGGUAUCAGCCCUGAGAAAGCCGAAUCAUUCCACCUCCAAUUACAAAGUUAGAGAUCUUUGUCGUCGUUGUUGUGCUGGGAAAAUGAUUACCGCUUCACAAUCCCUCAGGAUUCACAACUCUUUAAUUAGAGUAGCUGCGAUCUGCCUUUCUAGAUUUGGCACUUCAUGGCUGCCGUACAACUUCUUCUGUCUGUAGGCCCUGUGUGUGGUGCCGAAGCCUCAGAUGAAGCGAUGUGACGUGAAUAAGGACAUUAUGCGUCGGAGAAUCGCCCACACUGUGAUGGCGUCAUUGCUGUGGGCAGAGAAUGUAUCCUGUUAGGUUUGUAUUGUGAUUUCCCUGACUCUCACUCCGACACUACAGCGCAGUGUAAUACCUCUGCUGGAUGUGGUCACAAGUGCAACAGAGUUGAUACUUCAAACCCACAGAGAUCAGUGCAACCAAUGCUUUUCAACAAUGCCAUAAAAGAUUAAGUGUGAUAUUACUAUUAACAAAAAAAAAAAAAAAAGACUAACAGUGAAGGGGGUAAAUAAUUGUAAGCGGGAGAAAGAUGCAUAAUCUGUAAUCUGACCUCCAAGUUUUUUAUGCCCCGAGAGAGUCAAAUUAAAGAAAUUAAAACAUCCA